AUCAUGACCUGAGCCGAAGCCGGACGCUCAACCCACUGAGCCACCCAGGCGCCCCGCGGUUCCAGUUUUUAUGGUGGUUUGAUUCUUGAUGUAGAAAAGGAGAGAGAGACCUUCCAGGACCCAUAGGUCUGAGCCCCAGGUUCUUAGUAUUGGCUCUAGGCCUCUUUCUUCUGGAACCCUGGCAUCCAGCCCCUCAGCUACGGAGAGAAGGAGGAGGAGGGAGUGAGUAAAGUGUGGAACUGUGGCCAGGGAGACACCUCAGCGCCUCCUGGGAGUUGUAGUCCUGCGGCUAGAAAGGGCCACUUCCCAAUUCCGUGGCUUGACGCCAAAUAUUCCAAAAGAUCCCAGGCAUCUAGCCGAAGCCUGGGCUCAGAAACUCAGGGACGAGAGGAGGCUGAAGGCCAGAUGCCCUCACCUGAGCUGACCAGAUGAAACUUCUAGUCUGAGAAGGAGGCCUCUUUGCGAUUUCCUGGAACCAUAGGCGGAGCCUUCCUUUGUUGCCGUCCAAUCGGACUCAGAGCUGGGUUUGUGGGCGGGGCCAAGGAAGCUCCUGGGCGGGUCUCCAGGGAAGUCGCGCCCCCACGUCCGAAGCUAGAAGGGGGAGGCUGUGGGAAUUCCUUGUAGAUCGGGGGAAACGGUGACUCGGACUCCAGUCACAAAGCUCUCCACAUCACGUGACCAACCUCACCUUCGCUCCAGAAACGUCCUCAAUUUUAGCCGUGGCAAAUAAAGUGGAAGGACGUGACCGGCUCGUCCCCUCUAAAGGCCCUCAGCCUGGACUCGGCCCUUCAGCGAACUCUAGUAUUCCAGGGUGCAACAUUCAAGGUCAAGGUCGGGCAGCGGCUGUCUAGGGUGCAUCGGGACUCCGGACUCCUCGGUUUCCUAACCGAGAAGGGGGAGCCCUGCAAAUUGGGGGGUCUUACUCUCGGGGAAGGGGUUCUGAUCACCCCUUCCUUCUGGGGUGGGAGGACCCUCCCCGGGUUCUGUGCGGGCUGAGCGCUGUGGCCGCAAUGGGUCCCCAAGUAGCCCUCCUGGUGGCGGCGCUAGCCGGCUGCCUGCUUCCUGCCGGGGGCUGUGUCAUAUGUGAUCAGAGGGUCGUGGCCGCGCUGGACGCCUUGGAAAAGGAAUACCUGCCUACCCACAUGGCGCGCGAGCGUCAGAGACAAGUGAUGGAAACGAUAAGACAAACCGUGAGAAAUUUCUGGGACCUGCCAUAUUUAGAGGAUGCCUUUAUGGGGGUUAUAGAUGAGGCCACAAUGGAAACGUCAGUGUUGGGUUUUCUGAGGAGUAUGACACUUAUCACAAACAGUGACAUAGCAGGUAAAUGGCAGAGUGGCCAGGGGAGGGGCUUCGGAAUCCUUUGGCUCUGGAGCCAAACUGCCCAGGUUCAAACACCGGCCCUGUCAUCCCCUGGCUGUGUGGCCUUUAGGGAGGGAUAUCACAGCUUUGUCACCUCCAAACUGGGUCAUAACGGUGCCUGCACCCAGGCCAGUGACUUAGCCCAGUGGCCAGCAUGGUUAAGUGGUCAUUCAAUUUCACUGCCCCUCCCGGAGAUGGCCCCAACCUGGAACGCCAGCCUCUUCAGACGGGUACCUGUACCUCCUCCUGGGGUGGGUGGGAGGAGGGGUCGCACUCUGUCACCCUGCUCUUUCCCAGAUGACACUUUCGUGAAAGAGUUCUCCUGGAUGUUGACUCUGGAAAAGGCAGCCUUUCAGCGCAAUGUUGCUCGGUUCCAAAGAGAGGAUUUCUGUCCCAACAAAUGUGGUAUGAUGUUGCAGCCUCUGAUCUGGUGCAGUAAUUGUAAAAAGCAGCUUCACGUUUGUCGAAAGUCCACAGACUGCGGUGUGCGCCAAAUCAACGUCCAUGAAAAGGAAGACUUGGUCCUGGACUGUGAACUCAACUGGCAUAAAUUAUCUGAAGGCCUGACCAACUACAGCUUUUACAGGGUUUGGGGGAGCAAUUCUGAGACCUUGGUGUACAAGGGGAAACGACCCACCCUGACCAAGCCCCUCGUGGGGCCAGAGGAUGCAGGUACCUACCGCUGCGAGUUGGGCACUGAGCGACAUGGCCCAUCCACGAUCAUCCAUUUUGAAGUCACAGUGUUGCCUCAAAGAAUCAUUGUGGAGACAACGUCCAAGUCUUCAACCUUUGUAACCCAGCCUUCAAUGUUUGUAACCCGGUCAUCAACCAGUGGAACCCUGGCUGAGAUCUGGCAUGACCUGUCCCUAACUGUCGGGAGGGCAGAGUACCUGAAGUUGGAGAAUAGGCUGAGAGGCCGUCUGAUAGGGCUGCUGAUCUGGGGCUUUGUGGUGCUGAUCAUCGGCAUUCUCACCGUCGUCCUUUGCUUUCGGCCUGGGAAGGUGAUCGAUUCCAUGAAUACCUGGUUCUCCGCUGACAAGGCGGGUCUUCCAUAGGGCUAGGUCCCAAAGAGUCAGCCUUCAUAGGAGCAGGUUCCGAAGGUACCGAAGGAAAAGGCCACAGUACCGUGGCACAAAUAAAGAUUUAUCUGGUUGUCUAAA